UAUUAUUGUAAUUAUUUUAUUAAUUAAUAUAUAACCUAUUGUUAAAUAAAGGUGUUUUAGUUCAUAAUUUCAUAAUAAAGUUAUUUUUAUUCGGCAUGGAAUAUGAUGGAAAUUAUAAAGAUGAUAGAAAUGAAAAACUAUUAACAAAGAUUAAAGAUGAGGAAGAUUCUCCAAACACAUAUUGUAAAACAGAAGUUAAAUCUGAAGUAGUGGAACACCACUUUGAAAGUAGUAGUCAGAUACCUCUACUUGAGUAUUGUUUAGAUGAUAUUAAAAUAGAAACCAAAUUAGAAGAUGUAAUCAAGGAAAUUCCGGUUUCAGUAAAAAAAGAACUAGAAGAAUAUAACAAUGGUACUCAACAGGAAAUAGAAAAUACAGAAACAUUAGGUACUCAACAGGAAAUAAAAAAUACAGAAACAUUAGAUGCUCAGCAAGAAAUUGAAGAAUUAGGUGAUCUUAAAGUGGAUUUAAAGCUUAACACUGAAAAAAGACCAUGCAAGUGUGAAAUUUGCUAUAAACAGUUUUCAACCAAAUAUUUUUUAAAUAAACAUAAGAUAUAUGUUCAUGCUAGUGAGAUAUUUUAUAAAUGUGAUAUUUGUGAUGAGCAGUUUCUUAAAAAACGUAAUUUAGAUGUACAUGUCAAAGUUCAUAUUGGUGAAAAACCUUAUAAAUGUAAAAUUUGUGGUAAGCAAUUUAUUUACAAAAGUAUUCUCAAUAGUCAUAUGAGAGUGCACACUGGAGAAAGACCUUAUAAAUGUGAAAUUUGCUCUAAAACGUUUACUCAACAAAGUAGUUUAAAUUUUCAUAAGAGAGUUCACACUGGAGUAUAUAAUUGUGAAUUUAAUUGUGAAAUUUGUGAUAAGCAGUUUUUUAAAAAAGGUCAUUUAAGUUUACAUAUGAAAGGUCACACUGGUGAAAAAACUUGUAAAUGUGAAAUUUGUGGUAAGCAAUUUAUUCAGAAAAAUACUUUAAAUACUCAUAUGAGAGUUCACACUGGCCAAAAACCUUAUAAAUGUGAAAUUUGUAGCAAGCAGUUUAUUCAAAAAACUGCUUUUAAUGGUCAUAUGAGAAUUCAUACUGGAGAAAGACCUUACAGGUGUGAAAUUUGUUCUAAGAAGUAUGCCCACAAGAAUAGUUUAAAAUAUCACAUGAAACAUCACAGUGGAGUAGGACUUUACAAGUGUGAAGUCUGUGGUAAGGAAUUCGUUCAAAAAUUUAAUUUAUAUUCACAUGAGAAAAUUCACACUGGAGAAAAACUUUAUAAAUGUGAAAUUUGCAAUAAGCAAUUUAUUUAUCAGAAUUCUUUAACUCUUCAUAUGGGACUUCAUACUGGGCAAAGACCUUAUAAAUGUGACAUUUGUUUUAAGACAUUUAGUCAUAAAUGUAGUUUAAAUAGACAUAAUAUAAGACUCCAACGCUCGUGAAACACCUUUAUAAUUGUGAAGAAGGUGAGAAUAAUGUUGUAAGAUUGAAAUUUGUGGUAAGCAGUUUGAUCAAAAAGGUCGUUUUUAUUUAUGCAACUACGCCCAUGUCUUCGGCCAAGACGAGUAUGAUCUUCGCUCCCCGAGCAGUUAUACUCCAUUCCACGAAUAUACGACUGAUUUAAAUUCGGUUUAAGAUAUCAAUUUAAAUGGUCCAAUGUGCUGAAUUGUACAAUAGUAAAUUCUCCCUAUUUUUAAAAUACUGUUAUGACAGAUAUAAACCUUAGAUUUAAAUAUGAAGUCAUGUAGAGUUGAUAGUUUAUAGAACAGUUGUAAUUCAUAUUUUGAAGUAUAUAAUUACUAUCAAUGAGUUUUGUAUUGUAAACAAGUUGGUUUUUUAACUAAGUGAUUUAAACGAAGUGUAAUUAUACUUAAGUGAUUAAAUAGUGUAAUUUAUUUAGUAUAAUAUUUAAUUAGUAUU